AACUAAUAACUUCUCUUCAAGAACACCCGAGGAGAAAACCCUCCCCUCUCUCUACCUGUCACAUAUAAAACAACAAGCGUCACUCUCUCACAUCUAUCAACAAGAGUCCUUCACUCACUUCACUCUCUACUCUUUAUAUACGCAUACAUAUAGCUGCAUAGUUCUUGUGAUAAGAAUCAAUGGCGGACGUGCACAUGGGCGAAACAGAGACCUUCACUUUCCAAGCGGAGAUCAACCAACUCCUGAGUCUCAUCAUCAACACUUUCUACAGCAACAAAGAGAUCUUCCUCCGUGAACUCAUCAGCAAUGCCUCUGAUGCAUUGGAUAAGAUUCGAUUCGAGAGCUUAACCGACAAAAGCAAGCUUGAUUCUCAACCCGAGCUCUUCAUCAGGAUCGUCCCUGACAAGGUUAAUAAAACCCUCUCCAUCAUCGAUAGCGGUAUCGGAAUGACUAAAGCAGAUUUGGUGAAUAAUUUGGGGACAAUCGCGAGGUCGGGGACGAAGGAAUUCAUGGAGGCGUUGCUAGCAGGGUCUGAUGUCAGCAUGAUCGGUCAGUUCGGUGUAGGGUUUUACUCGGCUUACCUUGUGGCUGACAGGGUCGUCGUGACCACCAAGCAUAAUGAUGAUGAGCGGUACGUUUGGGAGUCUCAAGCUGGUGGGUCUUUCACUGUUAGGAGGGAUGUUGAUGGUGAGCCUCUGGGCAGAGGAACCAAAGUUACACUUUACCUCAAGGAAGAUCAGUUGGAGUACUUGGAGGAGAGGAGGUUGAAGGAACUUGUGAAGAAGCACUCUGAGUUCAUCAGCUACCCAAUCUACCUCUGGACAGAGAAGACAACAGAGAAAGAAAUUAGUGACGACGAAGAUGAGGAAAUCAAGAAAGAAGAGGGAGGUGAUGUUGAGGAAGUCGAUGAGGAGAAGGAGAAAAGCACCAAGAAGAAGAAGAAGAAGAUCAAGGAGGUGUCCCACGAAUGGGAGCUAAUUAACAAACAGAAACCUAUUUGGCUGCGAAAACCUGAAGAGGUCACCAAGGAGGAAUAUGCUGCAUUCUACAAGAGCCUGACCAAUGAUUGGGAGGAGCACCUUGCUGUAAAACACUUCUCUGUUGAGGGUCAGUUUGAAUUCAAGGCCAUCCUCUUUGUACCGAAAAGGUCACCAUUUGACCUCUUUGACAUGCGGAAAAAGAUGAACAACAUUAAGCUUUAUGUUCGGAGGGUGUUUAUCAUGGACAAUUGCGAAGAGCUCAUCCCAGAGUACCUCGGAUUUGUCAAGGGUGUUGUGGACUCUGAUGACCUACCUCUCAACAUUUCUCGUGAAACGCUUCAGCAGAACAAGAUCCUGAAGGUGAUCAGGAAGAAUCUUGUGAAGAAGUGCAUUGAGAUGUUCAAUGAAAUUGCAGAGAACAAAGAGGACUACAAGAAGUUCUAUGAAGCUUUUUCCAAGAACCUUAAGUUGGGUAUUCAUGAAGACAGCCAGAACAGGGCUAAGCUCGCUGAUCUUCUCCGCUACUAUUCGACAAAAAGUGGCGAUGAGAUGACAAGCUUGACGGACUAUGUCACUAGGAUGGAGGGGCAGAAGGACAUCUAUUACAUUACCGGUGAGAGAAAAAAGGCUGUUGAGAACUCACCGUUCUUGGGAAAGCUAAAGAAAAAGGGUUAUGAAGUGCUCUUCAUGAUUGAUGCAAUUGAUGAGUACGUUGUUGGUCAGUUGAAGGAGUAUGAUGGGAAGAAGCUGGUUUCAGCAACCAAGGAAGGAUUGACUCUAGAGGAUGACUCGGAGGAAGAGAAAAGGAAAAGGGAGGAAAAGAAGAAGUCUUUCGAUUCACUCUGCAAAGUGAUAAAGGAUAUCUUAGGAGACGGGGUGGAGAAGGUGGUUGUGUCUGGUAGAAUUGUGGACUCCCCUUGCUGUGUGGUGACUGGAGAAUAUGGUUGGACUGCGAAUAUGGAGAGGAUCAUGAAGGCUCAGGCUUUGAGGGACAAUAGCAUGAGCUCUUACAUGUCGAGCAAGAAGACAAUGGAGAUUAACCCAGAUAAUGGGAUAAUGGAGGAGCUAAGGAAGAGGGCUGAGGUUGACAAGAACGACAAAUCGGUGAAGGAUUUGGUAAUGCUGCUGUAUGAGACUGCACUUCUGACUUCUGGGUUCAGCCUUGAUGAGCCAAGCACAUUUGCUGCUAGAAUUCAUAGGAUGCUGAGGUUGGGUUUGAGCAUUGAUGAGAAUGUGAGUGGUGGUGAUGGUGAUGAUGCUGAUAUGCCUCCACUGGAAGAGGAGGGGAAUGAAGAGAGCAUGAUGGAGGAAGUUGACUAGUAAGAAAUGUGGUACUGGCCGUAGAGACGAAGAACUUGAAUUCUGCUGUGAUGUGAGAUCGGUUCAAAGCGACGUUUGUUAAUAGCUCCCUUUUGUUUGUUGUUUUUUUGAAGGUUUUUGUUUUUUUGUUGUUGUUUGGUGUCCUUGGGUCGUUGUCAAAUGUAAUAAUAAUCUAUGAACAACUUAAUAGUAGAUGAACGA